AUGCCGCGCUCCUUCCUGGUGAAGACGCACCCCAGCCCCCGGGCCCCCGACUACGCGCGGCUGGAGACGCGGAGAGAGACCAAUGGCCCCUGCACCGCCUGUCGGGUCCUGGGGGUGCCCCUCCUGCUCCCAGAGAAGGUGGCCCCAGCCCAGCCCUGGGACCGCCUCCCUCAGACUGAGGCGGCUCAGGGGGCCUCUGGGCCAGACCUCCCGGAAGCUGACCGGACAGCCCCUCGGGCGGGCCAGGCUCCGCGCGCACCUCUCAAAGACAGCCUCCACCACCUGGCCCUGCGUCCGCUGCUGGUGCUGCCCACCCGGUGGCCCCCGAUCCUGGACCCCGACCGGGACCGGGCCCCAGAGAGACUGUUGGGGGCCCAGCAGGACCUGCGCCCCUCGGGCGGCUUCCAGUGCCCUCGCUGCCGCCGGCCCUACCUCACGCUGACCGGGCUGGCCAGGCACCGGCAGCUGCACUGCCCGCUGCAGGCCCAGCGCUGCUUCACCUGCAGGUUCUGCGACAAGGAGUAUGCCAGCCUGGGCGCCCUCAAGAUGCACAUCCGCACCCACACGCUGCCCUGCGCCUGCGCCACCUGCGGCAAGGCCUUCUCCAGGCCCUGGCUGCUCCAGGGCCACAUCCGCACCCACACAGCCUUUUAG